AUGUCGGAUUCAGAGGUUAAGGACGAGAGCGUCCCAAAGGAAACCAAGGAAAGAAGAAAGAUUGAAAUCAAGUUUAUCCAGGAUAAGACCAGGCGUCAUAUCACGUUCUCCAAGCGGAAACAUGGUAUCAUGAAGAAAGCGUACGAGUUGUCGGUGCUAACAGGCACGCAGGUGCUCUUGCUGGUUGUGUCUGAGACGGGACUUGUGUACACGUUCACAACGCCCAAAUUCCAACCCAUUGUGACGCAGCCGGAGGGCAAGAACUUGAUUCAAGCGUGCUUGAAUGCUCCAGAAGAAGAGGAGGAGGAAGAGGAGGAUGAUGACGAGGAGGAGGAGGAAGACGAUGAACAUAAUGUCCAGCACGACCAUGGCGUGAAUAUGGCUGGCCAGUCCCACUCAUCGGUACCCACUUCAGUGCAGGUCGCCCCAGGUGGCCAUCCACACGGCCAUCUUGGCCAGCAGCAGUCCGUACAGCAUCAGCAGCAACAACAGCAACAACAGCAGCAGCAGCAGCAGCCUGUACCCGUGCAGCAGCAACGUCUCGGCCAACAGCAGGCUCAAGGCCAGGGCUCGGACCAGACCCCAAACUUCACAAAUGCCUCGUAUUUAAACCCAGACCACGCUGCUGCGUACGAACAGUACUUCAAUGGCGUCAAUUCGCAGCAUGGCCAAUUCUAA